AUGGCACCUUCGGCGAUUUCAAACAGCCCGCCUCCUUCCACAGCAAACAGCACGUCCUCUAUCUCCAGCUAUCGUGGUUACGAUCAUGUUCACUGGUAUGUUGGUAACGCAAAGCAAGCUGCAAGCUACUACAUCACCCGCAUGGGUUUUAAGCGGAUUGCUUACCGUGGCCUCGAAACUGGACACCGUCAUAUCUGCUCUCAUGUGAUCCGAAAUGGCGAUAUCACAUUUAUCCUGACUUCUCCUCUUCGCUCCUUGGAUCAGAUUGACCGUUUUGAACCUGAGGAACAAGCCCAGCUUCGCGAAGUUCACCACCAUCUGGAACAGCACGGCGAUGCUGUAAAGGAUGUCUCUUUUGAAGUCGACGAUGCGAAUGCAGUUUACUUUGCUGCAGUCAAAAAUGGUGCAAAGUCUAUCUCUGCACCUAAGGUUCUGGAGGAUGAGGGUGGCCAUGUCAAGGUUGCGACUAUCCAGACUUAUGGCCAGACAACACAUACUUUGAUCGAACGGAACCAAUAUCAUGGUGCUUUCCUGCCUGGUUAUCGCCUUGAAGAGGAUAGCGAGGAUCCCGUUUCCAAAUUCCUGCCUGGAGUACACCUUCAACGGAUUGAUCAUUGCGUUGGAAACCAGGACUGGGAUGAGAUGGAUAAGAUUUGCGAAUACUACGAGAAGGCACUGGGCUUCCAUCGUUUCUGGUCUGUUGAUGACACUCAAAUCUGCACCGAGUUCUCUGCCUUGAAGAGUAUCGUUAUGUCUUCACCGAAUGAGGUUGUCAAAAUGCCCAUCAACGAGCCGGCUAAAGGAAAAAAGCAGUCACAAAUUGAAGAAUAUGUGGACUUCUACAAUGGAGCUGGUGUCCAGCAUAUCGCCCUCUUGACCGAUGACAUCAUCCGUGAUAUCACACACCUGAAAGCACGAGGAGUCGAAUUCAUCAAGGUCCCCGAAACAUAUUACACGGACAUGCAGGUUCGACUCAAGAAGUCGGGACUGGUGUUGGAGGAGGACUUUGAGACCAUUCGUAGUCUGGAUAUUUUGAUUGACUUCGAUGAGAAUGGUUAUUUACUUCAGCUCUUUACCAAGCACUUGAUGGAUCGACCUACUGUGUUCAUUGAGAUUAUUCAACGUCACAAUUUCUCUGGAUUCGGAGCAGGUAACUUCAAGUCCUUGUUUGAGGCUCUUGAGCGGGAACAGGAGCUUCGUGGGAACCUGGUUUAA